AUGGCUCUGCCACCUCCGGAUCCCCAGUUUGUUCUCAGAGGUACCAGUGCUGCAGUCCACACUCUGCAUUUCUCCUGUGGAGGCCAGGAGCCCGAUGUCCCCACUCUUUUCUCUGGGUCUGAGAAUGGGUUUAUCCAUGUCUGGAACCUGAAAACACACAGAGUGGACACAGCACUGGAUGGCCAUGGAAGAAAAUCUGUCUACUGCGUGGAGACAAUGGGUGGUAAAACCAGGCUCCUCAGUCAGGGUCGUGACCAAAGGAUCUGCUUGUGGGAUUUGACAGAGGGACGGACUGAAGUGACGGAUUCUGUCUUUACGGAGAAUGUGGGAUUCUGCAGGUGCUCGCUGUUAACAGUGGCACAGGGACGCUGGCUAAUGGCCAUGGCAGCCAAAGCCCUGGAGGAGGUUCAGGUUUUGGAGCUGCCAUCCAAGACGUCAGUCUGUACCUUGAAGCCAGAGGCGGGUGCCAAGCUGGGCAUGCCCAUGUGUCUGAAGUUAUGGCAGCUCAGCGGUGGUUCACAACCUUUGCUUCUGGCUGGCUAUGAAGAUGGAUCAGUGGUCCUUUGGAAUUUGUCAAUGGGAAAAGCAUUGAGCCAACUUGCUUGCCACCAGGAGCCAGUGAUGAGCCUUGACUUUGACGCGGAGAAGGCCAAGGGGAUCUCGGGCUCAUCUGAAAAGGUGCUUAGCAUCUGGAGCCUCAAUGAGCAACAGAACCUCCAGGUUUACAAAACACACAACCUUGUCAACGCUGGCAUAUCUGAUAUCACCAUCCGUCCAGACAAGAAGAUUGUAGCAACAGCAGGGUGGGAUCAUCGCAUCAGGGUCUUUGGCUGGAAAAAAAUGAAGCCCUUGGCGGUGCUGGACUAUCACACAGCAACGGUGCAUUGUGUGUCCUUCUCCAACCACAAAAACCCCAGGGAGAGACUACUGGCAGCUGGCUCAAAAGAUCACCGCAUCAGUGUCUGGUCAAUAUAUACUCAGACGUGACAUGUUCUGCACUGUCAGGGACUAAGAAAACAAGCAAUGUGAAGCAAUUCUUUACACUGUAAUUCAAACCUGGAUGUGGAGAAGUAAUAGAAUAUAUUUCCAGGCUGAAGUGAGAGUCCUGGGUUAAUUCUUAUGCUGCUUGUUCAAGCUGCAAGUUUAGUUUUCCA